CUACUACAGUGGUCCUGUCUGACCCACUCUCAUCAUCCUCUUGCUUACAAAACCUCAUCAUUCUUCUGUCGUUCUCUGUAUUCUUCUCUCUCUCGCUCUCGAUCGCUGUCUUUGCCAUCCUUGUCAACGAAACAGACUCUGGAAGGUGAAGCUUAGGUUUUCGAGAUGGCAGCUCUAAAGAUGCACUGCUCGUCUGUGAUAGUUGGAACUAACAUUGGAACUAGUGUCGAGAGUCGGACGAAUGGGACGACUCUUGCCUCAGGGAACUUUGUUGGCUUGAAGAUGAUGCCGUCGCUGAGAGCGGCGUCUUUCAUCACCCGGGUCACGCCGGUGAAUUCAGCGCCAUUGUCGCAGUUGGCUAAAUGUUGGAAUACUCUCUCAACUGAGAAGAAGACUCUUUUGCACGACAUGUAUGACCAGCAGAAGCAGAGCCCUUGGUAUGACAAUCUUCGUCGCCCAGUGACCAUGUUGGAACCCUUUAUCAAAAGUGGUGUACGUGGGGUUACCAGCAACCCAACGAUUUUUGAAAAAGCUAUCACAGGAUCCGCCGAGUACGAUGAUCAGUUCAGGCAAUGCAUCAAAGAGGGCAAGAAUGUGGAAGAAGCAUACUGGGAGCUUGUGAUCAAAGACAUUCAGGAUGCAUGUGAUUUGUUUUUACCGCUUUAUGAAAAGAGUGCUGGUGGUGAUGGUUACAUCUCUGUUGAAGUUUCCCCUUUGUUGGCAAAUGAAACUCAAGCAACCAUUGAUUCUGCCAAAUAUUUACACAAGCGAGUGAACCGACCCAACGUUCUCAUCAAGAUUCCUGCCACUCUUGAGUGCAUUGAGUCAAUCAAGCAAGUUAUCGCUUCAUCCAUCAGCGUUAAUGUCACCCUUAUCUUUUCCCUAGCGAGAUAUGAAAAAGUAAUCGAUGCAUACAUUGCGGGACUUGAGGCAGUUCAAGGAGAUCUGUCCAAGAUAGCAAGUGUUGCAUCUUUCUUCGUCAGUCGUGUGGAUUCUUUAGUUGACAAGAAGUUGAACGCGAUCGGCACAAAGGAGGCACUUGAGCUGAAGGGCAAGGCUGCAAACGCACAGGCUGCGUUAGCGUUCAAAUUGUAUCAAGAGAAGUUUUCAGGCCCGCGUUGGGAAGCCUUGGCAAAACGUGGGGCACAGAAACAGAGAGUGCUGUGGGCUUCCACUGGUGUGAAAGACCCAUCCUACCCAGACACCCUCUAUGUCAAUCCCCUCAUCGGACCUGACACAGUGACGACCAUGCCUGAUGGGGCACUGAACGCCUUUGUCGACCAUGGGGUGGUGGCGAGAACAAUCGACGCCGACCUGCCAGGGGCGGAGAGGAUCUACGACAAGGUUGAGGAGUUGGGCAUCCGGUGGGAGGAUGUCGGCAACCAGUUGGAGCACGAGGGCGUUGCAUCGUUCAAGAAGAGCUUCACUGACCUGGUCCAGAAUCUCACCGCAAAGGCCGACGCUCUUGCAAAAAGUAUUUGAGCUUAGUUGUCAUUUGAGUCGGCUACAAAAAUGGUAUAAAAAGAGAGAGCUGGUGAACUGGUUCUCCAGGUUCAAUGGACCCCAUGUCAUUUUUCUAGACUAGGGUUUUUUGUGAAUCUAGAAGCUUUUUAUAGGCAUCGUGAUUUGUCGUAUCUCGUCUCGAAGCAUUUCUCAUGGUAUAAUUUUAAAGAGCUGUGAGAGGACCGAGGGUUUUUUAUUUUUUUAUUAUUUUGCUACUGGGACUACUGUAGAUUCGUUGAAGGUGUUAUGCAGGGUGGAAAACUAGUCUGCAGAUCAGAUGAUAAUUGGAGCUCAUGAGUCUGCUGGACUUCCUGGCAUAUUUAUGGAUAUAAAUCUAUAUGUAAAGCUUAGAGAGUUUGUUUGUUUCUAUUUUAUUUUUUUUGAAGUCUUGCUCUCUUUAUUGCAAUAUUGAAAUAAAAUUGUACACUUUUUUAA